GAAACACACGAGGAGCAUGAUACUUCUACUGAAAAUGCAGAUGAUUCUAACCAUGAUCCUCAGUUUGAGCCCAUAGUUUCCCUUCCAGAGCAAGAAAUAAAAACUCUGGAGGAGGAUGAGGAAGAACUCUUUAAGAUGCGAGCAAAGCUAUUCCGAUUUGCAUCCGAGAAUGACCUUCCGGAAUGGAAAGAACGAGGAACUGGUGACGUAAAACUCCUGAAACACAAGGAGAAGGGAACAAUUCGCCUCCUCAUGAGGAGGGAUAAAACUCUAAAAAUCUGUGCAAACCAUUAUAUCACACCCUUAAUGGAGCUGAAGCCUAAUGCCGGGAGCGACAGAGCAUGGGUCUGGAACACACAUGCUGACUUUGCAGAUGAAAGCCCAAAGCCUGAACUUCUGGCAAUCCGAUUUUUAAAUGCAGAGAAUGCACAGAAAUUCAAGGCAAAAUUUGAAGAAUGCAGGAAUGAAGUAGACAAGAGAGCAAAGAAAGCAGGCACAGACAAAAAUGAUAGUGCUGAUAAAGUUGCUGAAAAAUUAGAAGAGCUUUCUGUAAAGGAAGAGAGCAAAGAAUCUGAGAAGAAAGAGACCAAGGAAAAACCUGAAGAAAAGCAAUAAAUCAUCCUGGGCCUUGCAGUUUUUCCUUUUCUGUUUUCCCUUUUUUUUUUUUUUUUACUUUUUUCCUUUUUUUUUUUACAAGGGACUUUAUAAGGAACUGAAUUGAACAUUCAGGUUGUUUUUUCUAAGCUUUUGCCCUUUUGAAGAUGUCUUCAGAAAAUCCAUUCCCCAGUCAUGAAAAUGUACUGUGCUAAUUUUCUUUUCCAUAGUGGAAACACUUAUUUAUAGUCAUCCAAAAGAGUGAAUAAAACGAACUUGAAAACAGCAUCAGAGGACAGAACUGAGUUUUCUAUAUACUCUAAAGGCUUAUGAAUACACUUGUUUGGUUGGGUGUUGAGAUACAUAUCAUCAU